CCCGCCUCAGCCGCGGCGGCGGGGGAGGAGGAGGAGCGGCGGAGCGCGCCCGGCGCGAUGUGGCAGCGGUCGGUGUGCGUGGGCCUGCUGGCCCUGGCGCUGGGCUACCUGUGCGUGCUGGGCCCCGAGCUGCCCCCCGCGGCCCUGCGGCAGCUCUCGGCCUCGCUGCUGGGGACGCUGCGCCGCGCCCGCUCGCUGGAGGCGCGCACGGUGGCGGCCUGGCAGGCGGCCAUUGUCCGCCCCGCGCGCGGCUGGGCGCGCGUCGCCGUCGGCGUCAACGCCUGCGUGGACGUGGUUCUGUCUGGGGUGAAGCUGCUGGAGGCGCUGGGCCUGGAGCCCAGCGAUGGGAAGAACCACGCAGUCCUGAACUCCGGGCAGGACCUCAAGGAGGCUUUUGCUCACUUCAUGGAGAGAGGGGCGGCUGCCGAGCGCUUCUUCAGCGAUGCCGAGGCGUUCCAGGACAUUGCCCGCACAGCCUCGGAGCACCCCGCAGCACAGCUUUACGUGGGAGGAAAUGCUGCUCUCAUCGGGCAGAAGCUUGCAACAAAUCCAGACCUGAAGAUCCUUCUUUGUGGCCCAGUUGGUCCCAAACUCCAUGAACUGCUAGAUGACAAUGUGGUUGUGCCACCUGAAUCCAUGCAGGAAAGAGAUGAAUUCCAUCUUAUCUUGGAAUAUCAAGCAGGUGAGCAGUGGGGCCGAGUGAGGGCUCCUGCUGCCAACCGCUUCAUCUUCUCCCACGACCUGUCCAACGGCGCCCUGAACAUGCUGGAAGUGUUUGUGUCCAGCCUGGAUGAAUUCCAGCCAGACCUGGUGGUGCUUUCAGGACUACACAUGAUGGAAGGGCAGAGCAAGGAGAUGAGACAGAGGCGACUCAUGGAGGCUGUGGCCUCCAUCUCUGAUAUCCCAACUGACAUUCCCAUACACCUGGAGCUGGCCAGUAUGACUGAUCAGGAUUUUAUGAGCAACAUUAUGCAUCAGCAGGUCUUUCCCCUGGUGAACUCCAUCGGGCUGAACGAGCAGGAGCUGCUGUUCCUCACCCAGUCUGCUUCUGGUCCCCACGCCUCCCUGGCCUCCUGGAGCGGCAUUCCCGACGUGGGGGUGGUCAGCGACAUCCUCUUCUGGAUCCUGAAGGAGCACGGCAAGACGGCGGAGCGGGCCUCGGACCUCACGCGGAUCCACUUCCACACGCUGGCCUACCACAUCCUGGUCACCGUGGACGGCCACUGGGGCAACCAGGCGGCGGCGGUGGCGGCUGGGGCCAGGGCUGCCGGCACCCAGGCCUGUGCCACCGACACCAUCGACACCAGCAAGGUCUUCCUCAAAGCUCCUCUGGAGUUCGUCACCUCCCACACGGAGGCACCAUCAAAAAUUUCCCUCAAUCCAGACGAGCCCGUGGUGCACUGGCACAGGGAAGGCAUCUCCUUCCACUUCACCCCUGUGCUGGUGUGCAAGGAUCCCGUGCGGACCGUGGGACUCGGGGAUGCCAUUUCAGCCGAGGGACUGCUCUACUCCGAAGUGUAUCCUCAGUAGAAAACCAGGACUCUCCUUCCUCUUCAGCACUGCACGGUGUCUGAGACCCGUGGAUUGGGACUUGAAGCAGUGGUGGUAUAGGAACAGAACCAGGGUGUGGUGUGUUUUCUGGGUAUAACUGAAAAAGAGCCAAAGAAUAAUUCCAGGUAUAAACUGUCAGCUACAUUCCAGUCACUCAGCAGUGGCUCGAGCGCUUCACGUGCAGAUCAGGUGCAAAUGUUUUAAUAUUUAAUGUGAAAACUGGCUUUGUCUUAAGGGGGAAGGACACAAAGACCAAAUCCCUGGCUGGCAAAGUUUGCUGUUUGUAGCUCAGAAUGGAUCUUUUCUGGUAGUGCUGCAGAGUGCAGCAGCAGGAGAAUUUCCUGCCCCUGGAUCCCAGGGAGAGCACAGCAGUGCCCGGCCCUGCCUUGCCUCUGGUAAAUUCAAAAUAAAAGGCUUGUGGGUUAUCUCCUCCCAGCACUUUGCAAACCUUCCUUGGGGUGAGAAUGGAAUUAUUGCCUGGUCCAAUCACCUCUCUGUGUGCCCAGCCCCAGAGGGAGCCACGGUCCCAAAAUGUGACACAGACUGAACCUACUCCAGGCUGCACAGGUGCUUCUGGAUAUCUGUGACUAAGGGUGUUCAACUGAGCCCCAGCAGCCUGUGCUUAGUUUUUAGGAAACAAGGAGUGAAGAUAAUCAGGGUUUCAGUUUGGGGGACAGCUCUGUUUCCGUGCCAGGGAACCCCCAAACCAUUCCCUGUGUUUGCUGUACACUAAAUACUCUGCUAAUGGUGUGUUAAAGAAAAGCUCUUGAAUGCUGGAGACUCAUUUUUGGUUGGUUGAGAAUGGUUGUGCCAAAUUUUUCUGUCUCUCUGCCCUCUAUUAGGAAAGGUUAAUAAUUCCAGAGGGAGGGGUCCCUCUGGAAGCUCAAAAGCUGCAAUAGUGUUUUCCAGGUAAGACUGAAGUGAGAUGCCCUUUUUAGGGUUUGAUGUUGGGUUUUUUUUGUCUAGGUCACCAAUAGUUUCUUUGCUCUGGCCUUUGAAAUUAAAAAAGCAGAAUCAUG